CGACGCGAUUUAGCAGAACACCCGCUGCAGAAAGAAGCCGCGGAUUUGAUUUUACGCAGCUAGUUAGCCAGCGCCAACGCUCAGUUUCCGCAGACUCUAAAGGCUUCUGUGAGUAAGAAUGACACACUUUUGUUAGCCAGAACGACAUUUCUAAAAAACCACCAUGAAUCUCGACAGGCUUCGAAAACGAGUGCGGCACUACAUCGACCAACAACAGUAUCAAAGUGCUCUGUUUUGGGCCGACAAGAUAGCAUCCCUCUCGCACGAGGAUCCCCAGGACAUCUACUGGCUAGCUCAGUGCCUUUACCUGACCUCUCAGUACCACAGAGCCUCCCAUGCCCUCCGCUCACGGAAACUCGACAAGCUGUAUGGAGCUUGUCAAUAUCUUGCUGCUAGGUGCCAUUAUGCUGCCAAAGAGUUCCAGCAGGCCUUGGAUAUCCUGGACAUGGAAGAGCCAGCCAGUAAGAAGCUGCUGGACAGGAGUGGGAAGGAGGACAACGGGAUACCAGAAUCAGCCAAGGACUGGGACAUGUCCCCCGCCUCUAUCAGCAGCUCCAUCUGCCUCCUGAGGGGUAAGAUCUAUGAUGCCAUGGACAACCGGCCGCUGGCCACCUCCAGCUACAAAGAGGCCUUGAAACUGGAUGUGUACUGCUUUGAAGCUUUUGACCUUUUAACGUCUCACCACAUGUUGACUGCACAAGAAGAAAAGGAAUUCCUGGACUCCCUUCCUUUGAGUCAGCAGUGCACUGAGGAAGAGGAGGAACUACUGCACUUCCUCUUUGAGAAUAAGUUAAAGAAGUAUAACAAGCCCAGUGACUUGGUGGUGCCAGAGAUGGUCAAUGGUCUUCAAGACAACUUGGACGUAGUGGUAUCUCUCGCUGAGAGGCAUUAUUACAACUGUGAUUUCAAGAUGUGCUACAAACUCACAUCAAUGGUGAUGGUGAAAGACCCGUUUCAUGCCAACUGUUUACCAGUACACAUAGGAACUCUGGUGGAGCUCAGUAAAGCAAAUGAGCUGUUUUACCUCUCACACAAGCUUGUAGACUUGUAUCCCAACAAUCCAGUAUCAUGGUUUGCUGUUGGAUGCUACUAUCUCAUGGUUGGCCACAAAAAUGAGCAUGCACGACGCUACCUUAGCAAAGCCACCACUUUGGAGAGGACGUAUGGUCCUGCAUGGAUUGCCUACGGUCAUUCGUUUGCAGUGGAAAGUGAGCAUGAUCAAGCCAUGGCUGCCUACUUCACUGCUGCCCAGCUGAUGAAAGGGUGUCACUUACCCAUGCUCUACAUUGGCCUAGAGUAUGGUCUGACCAACAACUCCAAGCUGGCAGAGCGUUUCUUCAGCCAGGCUCUGAGUAUUGCUCCUGAGGACCCAUUUGUCAUGCACGAGGUGGCUGUGGUUGCCUUUCAAAACGGAGACUGGAAGACGGCAGAGAAGUUGUUUCUUGAUGCAAUGGAGAAGAUCAAAGCCAUAGGAAACGAGGUCACAGUGGACAAAUGGGAGCCUCUGCUGAACAACCUGGGUCAUGUCUGUCGAAAACUGAAAAAGUAUGAGCAGGCUCUGGAGUACCACCGUCAGGCCUUGGUGUUAAUCCCUCAGCAUGCAUCCACCUACUCUGCCAUAGGAUACGUGCACAGCCUCAUGGGCGACUUUGAGAGCGCCAUUGACUACUUUCAUACGGCACUUGGACUCAAAAGGGAUGACACAUUUUCUGUGACCAUGCUAGGCCACUGCAUUGAGAUGUACAUUGGUGACACAGACGCAUAUAUAGGGACAGACAUCAAGGACAAGGUGCGAGGGAACUUGAACACCCCAGCGCUGAUGAAGAUGCUGAACACAUCAUCAGAACCUGGUGACCCCCGCACCAUUCCGCUGUUAGAUGACAGCAACAUCAUGUCCUUGGAGACACCGCUGUCAAAUCAGGACAAAACAGUGGAGAUGCCCUUGCGACGCUCUCUAACACUGGAGUGUGAUAUGUAUGAAAGUGACAUGAUGCUAGAGACCUCCAUGUCAGACACCAGCACGUGAUCUCACCCUGUCAGGGGGCAGAACUGUCCUAGUGACAGGUUGUCAUAGAUACACAUACCCAAGCCCAAGGACCAGUUCCAAACCAAAACUUUGGCACCUGUCCUCUACCAGAGGUUACUUGUGGAGUCUCCCUUGUGCAUCUGAUAUUGUUGUGCUGCUGUAAGUGACAUAAUGUAGAACGUGCCAUUGUGAACAUGAUGAACUAGAGCGUAAACGUGUGGGUGAAUAGGUAUACAGCGCCUGCUGUACAUCAGAUCUUUUGUGCAAAAAUGCACUUUAAAGGGGGAGUUAACAUGUGCCUUGGAUAAGGGGUUGAGAGCUCGGUUUAGUAUUGGACCUGGGGCUGAGCCUGGAGACGGUGGGAAGAUGUGAUCCUGUGACCCCUGACUGAACAGGGCAAAUGCAGCAGUACUCCUAAAGUCACAACUAACAGACUCUAGUCACCUAUUACUGCCCAUGGCAGCACCCUCCGUGUAACUUACCUGUGGAUUUUUACAUUGAAUAAACAGAACCGGCUGAAUGCGAGCGGUUUCAGUGAAAACAUUUAUUGUUUAUUCCUACAAUAAACCAUGCAUUUAUCUUUUGAGA